AUGUCAGCCAUAAGGAGGAAAUUUGGAGAAGACUACCAGGUGGUGAACACCAACCGGGGCAUGACUUUUUCCGCCCCGGUGAAGAGAAAGAGACAGCGGUUUGUGGAGAAGAACGGUCGCUGCAACGUCCAGCACGGUAACCUUGGAGGAGAGACCAGCCGGUACAUCUCCGAUCUCUUCACCACGCUGGUGGAUCUCAAGUGGCGCUGGAACCUGCUCAUCUUCAUCCUCACUUACACAGUUGCAUGGCUUGUCAUGGCAUCAAUGUGGUGGGUGAUCGCCUACAUCCGCGGCGACCUGAGCCACGGCGGCCACGACUCGUCCUACACCCCGUGCGUCGCCAACGUGUACAACUUUCCCUCCGCGUUUUUGUUUUUCAUCGAGACCGAGGCGACCAUCGGAUACGGCUACCGCUACAUCACAGAAAAGUGCCCGGAGGGUAUCAUCCUCUUCCUCUUCCAGUCGCUGCUGGGGUCCAUCGUGGACGCCUUCCUCAUCGGCUGCAUGUUCAUUAAGAUGUCGCAGCCGAAGAAGCGCGCUGAGACGCUGAUGUUCAGCCAGGACGCGGUCAUUUCGCAGCGGGACGGGAAGUUGUGUCUCAUGUUCCGGGUGGGGAACCUGCGGAACAGCCAUAUGGUGUCCGCGCAGAUCAGGUGCAAACUCAUCAAGUCCCGGCAGACCCCUGAGGGUGAAUUCCUGCCCCUGGACCAAUGUGAACUGGACGUGGGUUUUGGGACGGGGGCGGACCAGCUAUUCUUGGUGUCGCCUCUAACCAUCUGCCAUGAAAUCAACACCAAGAGCCCGUUCUUCGAUCUGUCGCAGCGCUCUCUCAUGAACGAACAGUUUGAGAUUGUUGUCAUCCUAGAAGGCAUUGUGGAAACCACUGGUAUGACGUGCCAGGCGAGAACAUCUUACACUGAGGAUGAAGUCUUGUGGGGUCAUCGUUUUCUCCCCGUCAUGUCACUGGAAGAGGGCUUCUUCAGAGUUGACUAUUCCCAGUUCCACAACACAUUUGAGGUCCCUACACCUCCUUACAGUGUCAAAGAGCAGGAGGAGAAAUCCUCUGUGACGUCACCCAACCAACUGCCUGUUGCACCCACCCCCUCCUCUCCUCUGCUGGGCAAUGGUGGCCGUGGAGGCCGCAGGGAGAGGCUCCUAUCAGCCGACUACGCAGACCACGCAGAGGACCAAGCCUCUAGACUGCCCAGCAAACUCCAGCGCAUGAGCUCCACCAAGGAGGAGCACCUCUGGAGGGGGCUGAAGACAGGGUCAGCCUUGCCAGGGGGGAAGGCCUCCAGCACGGGAGACCUGCCGCUUAGUAUUCAGAGGCUGAGGUCCAGCUCCAUCCCGGUGGCGAGGCAAGGACAGCUGGAGGAGCAGGUCCAGCUGUUGUCCUUGGAUGGAGAUGCAGAGGAGGGUGACCUGGAGAAACACAGACUGCCAGCAGCUGUUAGCACCAUUGCUGCUCCAAUCCCCACACCAAUACAGAUCCCCUUGGUAGGGAGUCGGCCAGAGGACAACCUGCCCCCCAAACUGCGCAGAAUGAAUGCUGACCGCUGA